AUGUACGGAGAGAAAACCCUAGAACUAGAAUCUGACUUGGCUUUUCUUGAGUCCAUUCGCCACCAUCUUCUUGAUGAUUUGGAGCCUCAGGCAAUGAGUUUUACUGGAAAUAAUGUCCCCGUGAUUUUCCCGCUUUCCGUGACGGAGAAUGGGUGGGAGUCGUCUCUUAAAGCCGAACACGUAGAGAACGACGUGCAGGGCAUGCUUGGAGCUUUGAAUGACGUAAAUUACGUCGGAUGUGUUGUGUCCGAUGACAAGAUUGAAUUGAAGGAACAAAAAGUGGCGGCUCGUGCUCUUCACCCGCCUAGGGAGGAGAGGCAUUAUAGAGGUGUGAGAAGGAGGCCGUGGGGGAAGUUCGCUGCGGAGAUAAGGGAUCCGGCAAAGAACGGCGCGAGAGUAUGGCUUGGGACUUACGAGACGCCAGAGGACGCGGGGCUGGCUUAUGAUCGAGCAGCGUUUAAGCUGCGCGGCUGUAAAGCCAAGCUGAAUUUUCCUCACUUGAUUGGCUCGAGUAACGUGGAGCCCGUCCGGGUGAACCCUAAGCGGCGCCGCUCGCUUGACCUCUCCUCUUCGUCGUCCUCAUCGGAUAAUGGGUCUCCCAAGCCAAAGCUAAGCAAGGAUGGAGUUGAUAAUCACUUGGCAGCUUGA